AUGAAGAGCAAUGCACGCUCCCAGGAACAGGAGCUCAAGCGGGCACGGGGUGCUAUAUCCUGCGCGGAGUGUAGACGGCUCAAGCUAAAGUGUGAUAAGACUAUACCCUGUUCUUCGUGUAAACGGAGAGGCUGCGCCUCCAUUUGUCCAAAUGGAAGCCUGACAACAGGGCAGGGCACUCGGUUCGUUCUAGCGGACACGGAGAAACUGCAUAAGAAGAUAGCGGAAAUGAGCGACCGGAUACGUCAGUUAGAAGACGCCCUUGCCAUCCUGCAAGGGACGGUUACCCGCGAGCCGCAUCCAUUAUUGCGACGAGAUCUUCUAUCCAUUAAAUCUGGCUUGGAACUACACGGGGCGCCUGCUGACGGACAUAGGGUCAACGAGGAUGGGUCAAUCAAUGAGACAGAGGAGUCGGAGACGUUGGACGCGUUCGGGACCCUGGCUGUGAGGGAGGAUGGAGGGGCGACGUUCUACGGGCGAUCUGCUGGCUCAGAGGUACGCCUGACCCCCAUUCCCGACGUUUGGCAUCGUCAGGACCAUGGAAAAGAAGAAACACCCUCCCGCGAUUCCCCGCGGAACGCAAGUAACCUCCCUCCCGCCAUAGCCAGCCUCUCCGCUUCCUUCCCCGCCAAGCCGUCCGAAUACGGCAUCACCGACCUGCAGACGCUCAUCGAGCGGUACCUCCCGCCGUACGACCGCGCCUGGCAGCUCUGUGAGCGCUACCUCGAGCAGGAAUGCUGGCACUACGGCGCCGUCACGCGCCGGCAGCUCGUCGAGGAGCUCUUCCCGUACUUCUAUCCCGAGUCCAUCGAGCAGGGCGGCGCCGCGCUCUCGCCCGCGCCUCACCACCUCUCCCUCUCCUCCCAAAGCCAAAGCCAAACUUCCUCUGAUAGCCAGAAGGGCGUGGGCGCGGAGGGGAACGCGGGCCCCCACGCGCUCGCGCUCAUGUUCGUUGUGUUCUGCUUCGGAGCGCUGACGGACCCGAACAUGCCCGCCGCCCCGGACAACGAGGAGGCGGAGCUGUACUAUCAGCUGUCAAGGGCUGCGCUGAACCUGGAGCCCGUUCUGGAGAAGCCGCCGAGCGUCGCAACUGUGCAGACGGUGAGCCUGAUGGCGAUUUAUCAGGGGAUGUGCAGCGGGGAGCAUAGUAUCGAGACGACGUGGGCAAUGUGGGGCCUUGCGUCGAAACUCGCACAGAGUGUGAAUCGGGAUUGUGCGCGGUUCAAGCUCUCUCCAGGGGAGGUGCAGAAGCGACGUGCGCUGUUCUGGGAGUUGUUUAUCACGGAUUGCUGGCAGAGUUUGGCCACCGGCCGACUGCCAACGUUCUCCCUCCCUUUCGUAGACACGGAGCUGCCUCAGGACAUUGACCAGACUAUGGCAGACGACGGGACGAUCAUACCAAGCUUUCCGUACUGGAAGGCAAAAUUUGGCAAGGAAUGCGUCUCUGCGGUCGUCCAGGGCACGCUCACUGCACGCUCCCCGAAGUACUCCAUCAUACUCGACCUGGAUCGCAAGAUCCGCGAGAUGGAGCUGCCGAAGUAUGCGCAAGGGCCGACGCCUACCGGUCGUGGGCUCGGCGAGACGAUGAUGCAUCUCAUGCCCAUCAAUUAUCGACAUCUAACAUUAUUAUACGUGCAUCGCACCUUCUUCGCCCAGGCGCUCAACGAUUGCCCCGACGACCCCCUGCGCAGUCAAUACUCCCCGUCGUUCCUGGCUGGUUUCAGGAGCGCAUGCGAGUUACUGGCGUCUGUCCGAGAAUCUUUCGAGCAGUUCCCCAGGGAGAUCGCACGUUUCUGGGUUUUGUUUACUCACGGCUUCUCAUGCUGCAUCAUGCUUUCAUCCGUGGUCACUCACGCCACGAGGUCUAAGGUCGCGCAGGCGGCGCUGAUGGAGCUGCGCCUUGCUUGCGACUUGUAUGAGCGAGCAGCACCCUAUGGAGGCCGGGCAGUCAAGUUUUUGCCCAUCAUCCGACGUCUACAUAACAACGCAACUGAGACGUACGUGAAUAUCCGACAAGGUAUUGAAGCUCCACGCAAAGAUAUCUUUACCCCCACGCGUCCGAACGAGAAGAAGGACGAGCUGUCGAUAUUUAGUGGCCGGACGCAUACGGUCACGACGAAAUCUAACAGCACCACGCCCCCCACUCGCGGCCGGCGAUCUCAAGCGCCUACCUCGAGUUCGAAUUCUGCUUCCAGCCCGAUGGAAGGCACAUCCAACGCGUCGACCCCUCCUGCGGCGAGCGAUCCAACUCAGUCCCCGCACUCUACGGAUUCGGAGCCGUUUGCGCAUGUCCACCCGGCUCUCGCGCAACAGUUGCGUGGAUUCGAGGGGCAGCUGAAUGCGCAGAUGCAUGACACGUAUUACAACAAUGCGUCGAUGCGCGAAUGGGUGGAUGAGAUCAACUCUGGGAUACCGGCGCAGCAACAGCAUCAACAUUACUAUGCGCCUCAGGCUGAGCCAGCCCCGAGUUACGAGCCUGAACAACCGACGUAUCAGCAUCAGCAAUACGCUGCGCCUGUGCCCCAAGCCGCUUAUGCUCAUGAUUAUCAGCAACACGGCGAUCAAUACCAGUACUACCAGCCGGUUCCUGGUGACCAAGUGCAGCAGCAGCAUCAUGCUCAGCAUUGGCACGCCCAGGAUCCUAGGAUGGAGUCGCAGCAGCAGCAUUACGUGAGUACGGGGGGUCCGAUGCUUUUGCCCCAGACUGUCGAUCACCCCUAUGCGAGGGACGGUCAUGGCGUGGUUAUGAGCGGUAUGCCGGCGGAGGAGCCGGUGCAGGUCCAUCCGAAUUACAGUCUGCACGAGAACUGGUCUGCAAUGGUGCAGCAGUGGUUGCCUGGUAAUAGAUGAGUUCUUCGUUCGUUCGUUCAAACCUAGCGGUGUGUGCCCCCAUUUGUGUUCUUUGCUCUCUUGUUGUGUGUUCUGCUGUCCAUUGGGUUCGCAUCGUUUGCUGUUCUGCGGAGUAUAUCUUAGUCACACUGUAUUCUGAC